AUGUCGAACCUUGCCACGCGCGUGAAGCAGUACGGGUUGACUCAGGUCUACUGUAGCCCCGAGAAGCCUCUGGUUGAUAUCGUGUUUGUUCAUGGACUGAAUGGCCACCCCUACAACACCUGGGCCUCCAGUAAUGGCACCUUUUGGCCUGCCGAUCUUUUGCCCGAGAUCCUUGGUCCAAACCGAGUAAGGAUCCUGACUUAUGGUUAUAACGCGAAUGUGACUGCCUUCACCGACGGCGCGUCGAAGGACAGAAUCCAUAAUCAUGCCGAAACUCUGGCGUCGGGUUUGGCGGCCAACCGAAAUCUUCGAAGCUGUUCGGACAGGCCGAUUAUCUUCGUCUGUCACUCGCUCGGUGGACUCGUCGUCAAGCGCACACUGAUUUACUGCCGAAAUGUGUCAAAUGAAAAGAUCGAGCACCUGCGGUCCAUCUAUGUCUCCACCUACGGGAUCCUGUUUCUAGGAACGCCGCAUAACGGUUCGGACGUCGCAAAAUGGGGCCUGCUACUGCAGAACAUCUGUAGUGCCGUCAUGCCGAAGAAGUUCAUGGAGUCGUCUCCUCAGCUAGUCAAGGCUCUGAAGACCAACAACGAGACGCUCCAAAACAUCAACAGCCUCUUCGCCGACAUAACCAGCCGGUUCCACAUAUACUUCUUUCACGAGACACUGUCGAGUGAUGUCAAAGGGACUCGCGAGUUGAUUGUGGACGAAAGUUCCGCCGCGCCCUACGCCGAAGGUGUCGAACGUAUGGGCAUCGAAGCUGACCACAGACACAUGUGCAAGUUCGAUGAUGAUAACUCUCCUGGCUUUGAAGCGGUUGCCGAGGCGCUGUUGCGGUACUCGCGCGAUGCCCCGAACACUAUCGCAGACCGCUGGAUUGAAGAGGACAAGACUCGUCGUGUUCAGAAGCAAACGAAGAUCAGGGAGAUCUUUAGCCAUGGCAUGAGCGUUCCAGAUCUUCGCACAAUUGGUAGGACACCUCUGCUUUCUGAUCAUUCAUCUUCUGUCACACUGCGCGAAAGAAGAUCCCUUGUGUCUGAUCUCGGUGAUAGUAUCAACUUGUCCCUAUCACAGACCCUCCCAAAGGACCCUUUGUUCGUGGUGCCUCCCGGCUUUCACCCAAACGCAAGCUUUGUGGGUAUGAAGGCCCAUCUUGAUCAAUUGCACACCAGGCUGUACAAAGCCAAAAAGAGAGCAGAGCGGCUCGUGGCUGUACUCAUCUGCGGAGGCCCCGGGACAGGCAAGUCGCAUCUUGCACGCCAGUAUGUCUGGACUCAUAGAGCCUUCUACCCUGGCGGAGUCUUCUGGGUCGACGCAAAGUCCCGCCAGUCAACCUACAAAUGCUUCUGGGACAUCGCACAGGCUGCCGCACUAAACGAAGGAGAGGUAUUUGAAUAUCCAGACACCAAUACCUCUCAGAAAUAUGUCGACUCGGUGCGAAACUGGCUGCAAACUCGGGAGGAAUGGCUUCUGGUGUUCGAUGGUGUAAGCUUCGGUCAAGACAGCGAUCUCAACAACUUCAAACAAUUCUUGCCCUUUAAUAAGAUGUGCAGCAUCAUUUACACAUCUGUCGAUAAGACACUGAGGAAAAAGCAGCGCCUGUAUGAGCCGUUUUGCCUCUCAGUCAAGCCUCUAGAGGUCACGGAAGCCUGCAAACUACUCUUCGAAGACCUUGGAAUCAGGAAGCCCACCAAGGGGCAAAUCAAGAAAGCCACCGAGCUUGUUGAGCAUUAUGAAUGCCUUCCUCUGGCAAUACAUGCCAUCAGUCAUCGGCUCGCAGCAACAUCGAAGCCAAUCGAGAGGUACCACAUCAACUCUCAUUUAACCGACGAGAAGCUAGCAGAGCCUUUCCUAAGCAUCAUGCAUGACCUUUAUCGUACGGAGCACUUUGAAGCACUGAACCUGAUCAACCUUGUUUCGUUCUUCAGCCAUCAUGUCCCCGUCGGCCUUAUCACACUCGGAAUCUCCGCACUCAGCAGAUGGAACGUUAAUAUUCUGACAAGCAGUAGAACCGGUGAGAAAGGUGAUAUCGACACGACUCUUGGGGUCCUUAUUAGAUACGGACUGAUCGAGAGGGUGUCGGACGCGUAUGCACUGCACGCAAAAGCUCUCUCGCCACAGCUUGAAAAAGAUAAUGUUCUAGACAUGAAGUCCGUGGCCCCUGACUUAUCAGAGUCGCAGACUGAAAGUAGCCAAGAUGCAUUCUUUUCGGUUUAUCAGAGUUCAGGCGCGGGGACGAUCGAUAUGAUCAAGACCCACGGUGUUGUCCAAGGUUUCUGCAGAGAUGAGCUCAGGAUCAUGGACCAGGAAGAGAAGCGAUGCAAUACACAGGCGGGAACGUCUGACGCUGGUUUCUAUGACUCGUGGAUAGUUGUCGCUGCUCAUGUUCUGUGCACAUCGUACGAAAGUGCAAAGGCCCGAAUGGACCGUGUUGAUGACUGUGGACUCGUCAAAGACUACCGUGAAUAUGAGACUCAUGCUUUCAGGUUGAUCGAAAACUGGCCCAAAAGGACCCAGAACGAGCCUGCAGUACUGUGCGAAGCUCGCAAGAAUCUGAAGCAGGUCAUCAGGAGUAUUGCCACCGAAAUUGAGAGGAUCUCGCCUAGUUCCUCGCAAGAAUCGGUCCGCAAACAGAGAUCAGUCUUUGAUCGAUCAAGCAGCUCUUCGUCGUCAGUGCCUGAAUCAGCAGCCGAGGAGGGACGAUGGGACUGGAGUGACAUGACGCCUCCCAAAGUAGAGUCGCCGCAAGAAAUCCCAGGAUCUCAGCAACGCUUCAACCUCAAGCCAUUUUUGCCCCAUAUCUUCAGGGAAUCCAGCCUAGACAGAGACAAUGGAUACGAGAGUGACAGGGAAAGCACCAAUGCCCCAGUCCGGACCUCACCAGCGCUUUCACAACUGAGUCAUCAAGCAGAGACGCCCAAGUCAUCGCUAACGUCCAGUUCUUCGCCGCCUAUUGACGACCAUGGUUGGCACAUGGUGGUAAAGAAGCAUUCGAAAACUAAGAUCAGAAAGGACGAAAGAUCAGUGCAGCGGCCGAGAUUUCCCCGUAACAUCAAGGGCUCCCAGCUCGCAGCUCCAGUCUUGAAAAUAUUUCCUGUCGAAGGGAGAAGUGCUUCAAGCAGCACAUUGGGUAAAAGUCGGAGAAGCUCUUUUGCAUCCGCGUCGGAGGCACUCGCAGCUGUACAGCACUCCAGUCCUCCCCACUCUCACGAGGAUAUCACAGCCAUCACGAAGCGAGGGACUGGCAGGUCAUCUUUGACCAAAGAGAAUGCUCCAACAUAUGCUACAGUAGCAGCCAGGCAUACUCAGGAUGGAGAGUUGAACUCAAAGAAACGAUCAUCCUCGACACCGGGAGGCAAUAGUAGACCGGCGCUUCUGUCACUGCAGAACAAGUCAUCUGGCGAGUCGCUGCAGAGCCGUUCUAGCAAUGCACAUCCAUCACCACUUUCAGCGGAGUUCAAGCCUGAUCGUAUGACCCAGUCGACCUACAGUGAGCCUGAUCAAGGUUACUUGCAACAUCGACUCAAUGCCAUGGAUCUGGGGAUAGCGCAGGAGUCUCAGUACCGGACUCGUCACUUGUCCACUGUACGACCGAUAGCACCUCCGGUGGGGGACAUGUCUGCCAGUACACCGUCUAUUCUGACAUAUAUCCCUCCGCCCCCUCCACUGCCAUUUGAAGGGAACAUCGAGGUUACGGUACCACGACGCGUGGGUGUGGCCCAACCAAGCUCCAUGGGACCAUCACCGAGUCCAGCGAGGCCAGUCGCCCACCCGUCCGCAUUCAUGCCAGGAAUCUCACCCCCGAGCUCUCUGGCUACCGAACCGCUUGUUGGGUAUUCCUCAGAACCCGCUCCGGAGCCGAUGACGCGAAACCAAUCCUCACAGUCACAUCAGUCCUGGUCAACCGAGCCGGUCCGGUAUCCGCCGCGCUUCUCUCCACUCCCAGCUACAACGCCGGCACAGUCUGUCAUAGCCAGUGGUGUUCCGCAUGUUGUGCCGCCUCCGCACACGGUUUCCGGGGCAGGAAGCUGGGCCGCGGACAUAUCACAACAGGGGCAACCACCAGCAGCGGUCAGUUCUCGUCAGCCGGAGCCCGCUUCGACACUGCAUUUCGGGGCCCACCGUGUGGAUGUGCGUGACGCCCGGCAGCGGCUGGGUGGGCGUGUUCACUAUCCCGCACAUCUGUCAUCAGCAAUUCCAGGGUAUCCCAUGUACCACCCGAACCUGUCCGGGCCAUUGAUCCCGCAUGAGAUGGCAAUUCCAGUGGCGGAUUCUCACGGACUGCGAGCGCGGAGCGGCAGCUCACCUCCUCGCCCUGACUUUGACGGCAGCAUGAGUCAAUGA